CGACUGUUUAAAUUUUAAAAAUUUUUCGAUAUAUUGUAUGAAGUUUUCGCAUAUUUUUUUAGAACUUUAUUUUCUUAAAAUGAUGUCGUAGACACAAUAACUAAAACUGACCUAUACUUUGGCAAUAUUUGUGUUAAAAUAAGCAAAAGCGACGAAAGUGGACAAGCAAACAGCAACGCAGAGUCGCAGUCGAAUUAUAGCAGCGGUGACGAAAAUAAAGAAAAGUGGACAUCGAGGAAAUUAAAAAUUAUCUAAAAAUAUUUGUAAUUAUUUAGAUUAGUUUACGUAUCCAAACUUGAAAAAUGGUGUUAAAAGUUUAUGUUAGUGGAAUGUCCGGAAAUAAGGAGGUUAAAAAACGCCAGCAACGCGUUUUGAUGAUCCUUGACAGCAAGAAUAUCAAGUAUGAUAUUGUGGACAUAACAGAACCGGGCAAAGAAAGUGAAAAGGAACUUAUGCAAACAAAGUCGACUAGCAAUGGAGCGACAGUAAGCGACCCAGAUCCAAGACAUCCACUGCCACCACAAAUAUUCAACGAAGUAGAAUAUUGCGGAGAUUACGAUGCCUUCGAUUUGGCCAACGAAAUAGAUACAUUGGAGCAAUUUCUGAAAUUAGCACCAGCCGAUACAACAGCCGUUUCCAGUGCUCAGCUCGAGCUGAAGCAGGAAAAUGGUGAAGUUAAAAUAAACGCGGACGAUGAGAACAAGGAAAACAAAGAGAAUGUAGAAGUCAAGGCCGAUAGUGAAGAAGGCGACAAUAAAGUGGCUGCCGACAGUGAGGCCAAGGUAGACGUUGGAGAGAGUGCAAACGGUGAUGGUGAAUCCAAGAAUGCUGAGAAUGAAGCAGAGAAUGAGAAACAAAAGGAGGAAGCGAAUGAGGAAAGCGAAACGAGCGAAGAUCAUAAAGAAGCUACAUCUGACAAAGGUGAAGAAGAGCCCGAAGAAACCGAACAAACGGAGCAAACGGACGAAUCCUCAAAACCUACUGGUAGCGAGGCAAAACAAAAUAAUAACGAAGUCUCAGACGAGACGGAAAAGGCAGAUACCAAAAUCGACGAAGAGGAUAAUUCGGAAAAGGUAACGAAAGAAAAUCAGACGGAGAAAUCGGAAACGGUUCAAGCGCAAGAAAAAACCAAUGAAGAAACUGAAGACAAAUCUGCAUCGGGAGAUAUUCUCUCUGAGGAAGCUGAAAAUAAAUCUACAUUUGAAAGGAGAACGCAUGAAGACACAGAUAGUGAGGAGAAAUCUGAAGAUGAAAAGUCUGCGGAAAACGAUUUAAAGAUUGAAAUGACUCUGGAAGGAACCAGUGCUGCUGAAGAGGAAAAUGAGGAAAAAGCAGACAAAGAAAUAGAAGACACAAAGGAAUACGAAGAGGAAAACUCGGAUGUGACUGAAGUUUCAGAAUAUUUAAAAAAAGAAAAUGACGCGAAAGAAAAAAAAGAAGAGGAGCAAGAUGUCGACAAAGAAAAAGAGGAACCGGAAAAAGAGGUUGAUAAAGAAGAAGCUAAAAGUGCUAAUGGUCAGAAAGAGGAUAGUGUCGAUACUGAAAGUAAGGAAGAAAAUAGAAGUGUCGAUAAAAUAUCGGAAGAAAAGAGACCAGAAAGUCAUAACGGAGUAGAAAAGCAAGAAUCGAAAACUGAGUCAACGGAAAGAUUUGUAGACAAGGAAAUAGAUGCAAAACUAUCUAGAGGAGAUGAGGAGGAAAGCUCUAGCGAAGAAGAUGAAACAGCUAAUGAAUAAUGAUGAAAAACCACAUCAUGCUUGACAUUGGAUUAUCGUAAUUAAACUCAUUUUCAUUUCACCAAAAAUAUUUUAAGUGGUAACCAAGUUUUGAAUAUUCACAAAGUUUUUCAUUAGUUAGUCGCCAUUUAUUUGUAAAUUUAAUCAUGGAACACUUUUUAGCAACGGUUAUGUGUAAUACACCUGCUUAAAUCUUCUUUUAAUUGUCUUUAUGUUUGCUGUAUUAAAUUUUAAACACACAUACAUAUUUGUAAUAAUUUAUUUAUCAUUUCUGGAACUUUUUAAUAUACAGUCUGAAAUAAUAUCACCGCCAAAAGACAAAGCUGGAGAACACUCUUCUAGAUCAAAGCGCAUUGCUAAUUCCAAUGUGGAAGACUUGCUUGAGGGUGAGAAAGGGCCA